AUGGGUCGUAUGCAUUCUAAGGGUAAGGGUAUGUCUUCUUCUGCUAUCCCAUACAGCAGAAACGCCCCAGCUUGGUUCAAGGGUUCUUCUGAUGCCGUUGUUGAGCAAAUCAUCAAGUACGCCAGAAAGGGUCUGACUCCUUCUCAAAUUGGUGUUUUGUUGAGAGAUGCUCACGGUGUCACCCAAGCUAAGGUUGUUACUGGUAACAAGAUCAUGAGAAUCUUGAAGUCCAACGGUUUGGCUCCAGAAAUCCCAGAAGACUUGUACUUCUUGAUCAAGAAGGCUGUCUCUGUCAGAAAGCACUUGGAAAGAAACAGAAAGGACAAGGAUGCUAAGUUCAGAUUGAUUUUGAUUGAAUCUAGAAUUCACAGAUUGGCUAGAUACUACAGAACUGUCUCUGUUUUACCACCUAACUGGAAAUACGAAUCUGCCACUGCUUCUGCUUUGGUUAACUAG